GACAUCACACCUGAGAACACCCAUCCGCUCUCCACUUCUCAGCCCCACUCCAGCACAGACACCCACCAUGACCGGCUCCUGCUGUGGAUCCUUCUCCUCCCAGAGCUGUGGAGGCUGCUGCCAGCCCUGUUGCUGCAGAGACCCCUGCUGCUGCCGCCCAGUGUCCUGCCAGACCACAGUGUGCCGCCCUGUGACCUGCGUGCCCCACUGCACCAGGCCCAUCUGUGAGCCCUGUCGCCGCCCCAUCUGCUGUGACCCCUGCAGCCUGCAGCAGGGCUGCUGCCGCCCCAUCACCUGCUGCCCCACCUCUUGCACAGCUGUGGUCUGCAGACCCUGCUGCUGGGCCUCCACCUGCUGCCAGCCCAUCUCUGUGCAGGCUCCCUGCUGCAGGCCCCCCUGCUGCCAGCCUGCCCCCUGCCGCACCACCUGCAGGACCUCCCCCUGCAACACCUGCUGCUGAGCCACCUAAUAUACAACUUUGCCUUAUGAACAGAACUCUUCCUACUCCUGCUGGAGCAGAUGAAAGUGCGACCUUUGCAAUGCACCUGUUC